AUGGAAUACGAAAAUCCAAGAAAACGCCAAAAAAUUGCAUCAUUUGAUGCUGAUCAUUUUGAUGAAUAUCAAGUCGAGAAAAACCUAAAUGUUGAUUGUCUAUCCUUGGAUGUUCUGGAAUCGGUUAAAUUCCUACCAUUAGCUGACAAGAUAAUAAUUGAUAAAGCAACUAUCGAUAAUUCAUCACCAAAAAAUGCCAUUGAUAUGUAUUAUUACCUUUUACGUACUAUAAAUCCAGCAAUAAAUGAGUUAUAUCUUCAAAGUAAUACUUCGAAUGGAAUGAUGAUUCUACUUGCCGAAGAUUUUUCAUUGAUUAUUAAAGAAUUUGAAAACUUGUCGGAUUUGACACUUCGUUAUUUUGAAUUGGAAAGAAUAGCAAUGAUGGAAAUUUGUAAAAUGGAAAACUUGGUUUACUUGGAUCUACAUGGUUGUAAGUUGAAUGAUCAAAUGCCAAUCCUCAAUUUGAUAAACUUGGAACAUCUUAAUUUAUCAUCAAUCAAAUAUAUUGAAAAAAAUUUAAUAAGUGAAUUACCAAGAUUAAAUAGACUAAAACAUUUUGAUGUUAAUAAUUCAAGUCUUAGCAUUGGCAUGUAUGACAGUAUAUCAAGAAUCAAAACACUUAUUUAUUUGGAUGUAAAACAUUGUUCAAAUGUUGAUGAUGAAUUUAUAACAAAAGUCAUUGAUAAUUAUUUGAGUUAUUCAUGUAAUUUGAGUGAACGUGCAUAUUAUGAUAUUGCGCAACUAAAAUAUCUUGAAAGAUUAGUUGUUGUUAACAGUUUAGAUGUGCAAAAUGCUGUACCAGUUGAAAUGAUGAAAUUGAAAUAUCUUAAUUGUGCUAAAUCAUACAGAGUUUAUGAUGAACAUGUUGAAAAAUUUAUGAAGAAUUGUCCAAAUUUAGAAGAGCUAGUUGUUUGUCAAAAUCCAAUUUCAUCACGAAUAUUUGAAAUAGCUGCGAUGUUAACAAAUCAACGGAAAAAUAAUAUUCCAUUGACAAUAUAUACCAGUAUUAAUCUUAAUUUAAAAAAGUAUAAAAAUCUUCACAGCUUGACGCUCAGUGGCUGUAGUUUAGACAAAAUUAUACAACAAAUAUCUGAACAAAUACCACUUGUUUAUCUUGAUCUUAAAAAAUCUUUGGUGACUGAUAAAUGCAUGUUCAAAGAAAAUUACAUUUUUCAUCAGCUUGUAAAUUUAGAACAUUUCUAUUGUUUAGAUAAUUGGGAAAAAAUUACUUCAAAUUCCCCAUGUACUAUGUUCAAUACGAGUCCAAAUAUGAGAUACUUCAACGGGUCAACUGGUGAAUCAUGUCAUAUUUUACCUGAAAACUGGGUAAAUCUUGAGAAGUUGGAAGAUUUCACUCUAAAUUGGAAUAUCACUGAAGAUUUAGCUUUUAAAAUUGUGAAAUAUUGCAAGAGUCUGAAGAACAUACACAUGGAAUAUGAAACUGAAAUUAAUGAUAACACUGAUGAUGAUAGUGAUGAUGAUCAUGAUGAUCGAGUUCCUCCUGCAAGUAUUUUUGAUGAGUUAUCAAAAUUAAAAUAUCUUGAAUAUUUGAAUAUAGAAUGUGUGAACAACUUUCAAGACAGUAGUCUUAUUGCGAUUGCUAAUGAAUGUAAAAAUCUCGCGUAUUUGAAUAUAAGUAAUUGCAAAUACAUCACUGAAGCAGGUCUCAAUUCCAUAACCAGUAUAGAAUCAUUACGAAGAUUAAGUGUUCGGGAACUCAAAUGUGUUACAGACAGUUUUCUAAGGAAAUUAAAAGGAUUAAAUUCUUUGGAGUGUAACGAUUGUAAAAAACUUACUGACGUUGGUUUUAUUCAAUUUAUAAAAAAUUGUCCAGAUCUUAAACGUCUUUUUCUCGGUAACACUCAUAUGACAAUUUAUACCAUUAUUGCUGCCGACCAAGCAACCAAAUAUCGUAAAAAUAAUAUUGUUUUGCGUAUACAUGGUUGUGAUAAAGUACUUAAAGAAGCUUGUAGAUCAAAAAUUACAUCUAAACGGUUGGUUUUAUAUUCAUAA